UUUUUAUCUGGUUAAUUAUGUUAUUACAAAUUAUGAAAAACAUUACAUAUAUAGACGAUAUUACCGACAAUUCUACGUGCCUUAUGAGGAUUCACGCCUGACUGCAUCAUCCUGAGUAGCCCAAUGAGAUCCAUUCCUAACGGUACUCCUUGUGCCAUGCUAACGGUACUCCUUGCGCCAUGCUGGAGAUCUCUUGUAAGCAUUUUUUCUAAUUUUCUGCAUAAUUUGCAUUUUUCGGGAAUUGAACCCCAGACCUGGGUGUAGAAGCCUUUAAACCUUUAAACCAAUACAUAGACAACUAUACCUAUUUGCUUAAAUCAAAAUAAAUGUUUUGUAUUAGUCACUUUUGCAAUCUCUGAAAAAAUUCAACAACCUAAAAUCUAUUUUAAUUGGUGAUACACACAAAAAUCUCAUCCUGCUUAUUGAAAAGAGAAUUAUAUAAAAUUAAUACCACAAGAAAAAAGUGGAGAAAAUUAAGGUGAAAUCAUUAGUAAGCAAUAGCUAAUUUGGAUACUUCUUGAUAAUUUUGUUAUAAAAUUGCAUUUUAUUAAAAAUCACUAAGCUUAAAAUGUGUUGAGUAAUCAAGUCAAUGGAUACAGUUUUCAUGUGAUCUUUUUCUUAAUAAUGUGGACAUUCCUAAACAAUAGAGAGAAAGAGAGGAAAGUAUCUUCUAUAUAAUUUAAUUACUAAUUAGGAGCAAGCACUCCUCAAAUCUAAGAAACCACAUAGCCGCUUCUUGCACACUCAAGGCAAUGGCUUUCUCUUGCGUCACAAGAAACGUGUUUUCAGUCCUUCCUCUUCUCGUUAUCCUAACAAUCACCCCUCAGUCUUCAUCUUUUUCUCCGAGUGACAAAGUCACAACGGAACUACUUAACCAACUCUGCGCAAAACCGCCAAUUGAUAACAUUACUUUCUGCGUCUGGCAAACCUCUUAUGCUAUAACGGUAGCCCUCGACCUAGGUGGUCUUGUCGAUAUGGUCCUCGAAAAGACGCGAGUGUUUGGCAAUAUGAAUCUGUCGGCGAUGAAAGAGUUAGCGGCGGCAACAACGACUGAUCCGUAUCUCAAAAACACAUAUGAGAUUUGUGUGAUAGAUUAUGAAUUAGCCGUUACAGCGAUCGAGGGAGCUCAAGUGUUUGCGAGGUCUAAAUCCUACGCGCUAGUACCUCAGGCAGCUUCUAAAGCGUUGGAUAUCAUAUCUUCGUGCGAGGCUGACCUUAAAGAUCUGAAAAACUUGGGUGCUUAUUCUAUACGCAAUUCGGUGUUUGAGAAAAUGUGCAACAUUGGUAGCGGUUUCUCCAACGUUUUGACGUCUUGAUUCUUUUAUGUUUCAUUCACCUGCAUGAUGGUAACAAACAAAAAAACUUUUAAGAUGUCA